AUGGAUGGCAAAGAUGCGGGUGCCCUUGGAGGGGCCAUAGGAUCCGACAAUCCAGCGAUGAUGGGGUGCGGGUGCGGCACGGGCGGCAUGAACCCAAUGGGAGGGAUGUGUGGCAUGGGCCCCAUGUGUGGUGGAGGGAUGGCAGGAAUGCCCAUGGGCGGGGGAAUGAUGGGCAAAGGAGGAAUGCCCGGGAGCAUGCCAGGCAACAUGCCUGGAAACAUGCCAGGUGCCAUGGGCGGAGGCAUGGGAGGGAUGGGGACCAUGAUGCCAAACAUGAUGGGCAACAUGGGCGGCACAAUGGGCAAUGGCAUGAUGGGUAUGGGGGGCAUGAAUCCCAUGAUGGCCAUGAUGGGCAUGAUGAUGGGAAUGCAGGCCGCAAUGGGCAGUGGCGAAACAGCCGAUGCAACUCCCACCAUAAAGGCCGAAGACAAGCAUGUAGAUGCUCGAGUCAAAGCGAUCUGCAACGACUUUGGCAUCAGUGGUGACACUGUCAUGAGGCUAAACGAUGCGAUGAGAGAACGAGAAGACUAUGACGAAGACCUUCAAGCCCUUCACAAACUGAUGGAAAGAGCCACUAAGGACGGCAAGAAGCCGCUAGAAGUGAUGCUCGCCCAGAUCCGGGCAAUACGGGCGAACCGAUUUCCAGGGAAGGAGCUUCUGGAUCCAGAGGUCUGGGAAUUUAUUUGUAAAUACAACCUCGACGACCGUGUCAUGAAUCGGCUCAUUGACACGCUGAACAACCGAAAAAAUAAAAGAAAGGACACCCUACAGGCUUUGAAUGACCGGCUAGGGAACGCCCAGCAGCCCACAGGCCUCGGCCUUUUGGUUAGAUUGCUCGAAGGCUUGGACGAGACGGGCCGCCUGCCGUCACCACCCAGGCGGCUCGGAGGCUCCGGGACCUUCCGACCCACCGGCACGUUCUUGCACCCACAAUCAUCGUCCCGAGAGGCUCGCGAAGGUCGCGAGCAGGAAAGAAGUCGUGGGCGGCGUUCCGAAAAACGCUCUCGCUCCCGGUCCCCGCGGUCGCGUGGCCGAGACUCGCGGCGCUCCCGCUCCGGGCGGCGACGCUGA